AAUUUAUAGGUUGCAGUCUUCUGAAAUUAACACCAAAAGAAAUCAGAAUGUUGUUUGUGGUUUUCUUCAGUCUUAUCAUCAGCAAUGAAGCACAGGAAGAAAAGAGUAAAGUUUAUUUUAAUUUAUACAUUUAUUGUUCUAAUGUUAGUAGCUUGAAACUAUGACCUCAAUAUUAAGUUAUAUCAUUAUUAAUACCUUUUUAAAUUCAAAACGUGUUAUGCAAUGACUAAGUGAGAAAUAGUAACCUAGAAUAAUCUACUACAGAAAAUUAAGUUAAGAUAGUCCAUUAAAGUCCUUUAAAGCUAGGCUAGUCUAUAAAUAUCUUAGGAUAGGAUAGUCUAUUAGAUUUAUUAAGAUAGGAAAGUCUAUUACAUUCUAUUAAGAAAGGAUAGUCCAUUAGAGUCCUUUAUGAUAGGAUAGCUCAUUAGAGAUAUUAAGAUGGCAUAGUACAUUUGUGUCAUUUAAUAAAGUAUAGUUUAUUAGAGUCAUUUAUGAUAAGAUAGUACAUUAAAGUUAUUAAGAUGCGAUUGUACAAUGGAAUCAUAUAAUAUGUGAUAGUCCGCAAAAGCAUUGCUGCUCGCAAUGUAGACACAGGUUUUACCUCUACACGGCGCGUACCUUUCAGUGGACCUCAAGUCCAAGCUCAUUCUGGUUCAACAGGAUGAGUUGGAAAAAACGACAUAAACCUAACCUCCCAAAAAUUUCUUCGACUACCACUAAGGCACACUUUAAAAAAGGCAAAGGCAUUUUCCGGAGGUAAACUGGGCACAGUACGAAACUUAGACCGAAGACAAACGUUCAGACCGUACAGGAAAAAGAAUUCUGAAGGCGCUGGUUGAUAAAUGAGCAAAAAAAAAAUGCUGACAUAAUGAAACAUGCAUAAUCAUUUGGGCAAAAAAAAAAAAAACGCAAAAAUUACCAAUUUAAACAUUGCCUGUAAAACCUGGACAACUGGCGUUUUGCCAAAGGCGGGGCAAUGAGCAUUGAUUGUCCCAAUUCCCAAAGAAGAUAAACCAAGUGAUCAACCGUCGAGCUAGUGGCGUACAUUGAAUAAAUGUCACCAAUGAUUGCCCACCCCGAGCAUACAUCUGUUACAUAAGGUUCGUAAAAGAACAAACUAAUAAAAGUUGCACGAAGCUAGAUGUGCCCAUGCGUCUUAGUUUAAAUCCUGAAAAUUAUGGAAAAUUAGGUAUGUUGUAAUUUCACUAACGAGAAAAUGCUCAACUUCGUAAUGAUUUAAAUUAAGAAUGUAUAGGUUAGCGCGUCUUCAUGACUUACAUGAGGUAAAGGCUCGAAUGAAAUAGUUGGGGAAUGAGGAUUGGGUCAUUCCAAACGCUGGUCGAAUGGACAUUGUGUAGUCAGCCAAGAAGGGCAGCUACUCUUGGGGAAAAGGUAAAACGAAAAUAUUAACAGCUUCUGAUGGAUUUAUUUGCUAUUUUUUAAAUUUAUUUUUCAUUUAAAUAAUUUAACUAUGGAAAAUAUUUAGCGUUGACAUGUGUAUGAUGUUUCUUUGUUAAUUACUUUACCAUGGCACACAACAAGACAAAUUCAUGAUGAAUUCACACAAUAAAGAUUAUGGUCUCAAGGCUAACAUUUUUCCUUAUUUCAUUGGUCGCAGAAUUUUUUUAAAAUGUAAAGUACGCUGGAACGAAAAACUAAAACUAAAAAAUAACACUGAUAUCGUACUGAUAAAGGCUUUUACCGAAAAAAAUUACAUUUGACACUUGUUUUAUCAUAAAUCUUAAGAUUUAUUUGUUUUAUUUACACGAAUUCUUUGUUCAACUGACCAUUUACGAAACAUUCAAAUGAUCAACUUAGAAAAAAAAAAGGAAAACUUUCCCAGUCUUGAUUUGAUACCUGAUUUACGUCUCUGGAAUCUCUAAGACAACCCUUGCUGUGUAUAGACCAUAUGGACCUACACAUUGGUCACUAAUUCAUGUGUCACAGAACUCUGUUUUUUUGUAUUGGAAGUGUCACACUUAAAUUAUGUUACACGUCUACAGCCACUUCUGACAAAUAUUCACAAAUACCAAGCUUGUUAUCUACAGCAGCUUAGCGUUGGAAUGACUUACAGCUCAAAAUUAAAAUUAUCAGAUCAAUAAAUCUGAGUGAAAAUCAAUCAAAACGUCAUAUGAACUCCAUUAUCAAGAGUAUUUAUAUAAAUAUUAAUUACUGAUGCCAUAUGUUACGCUAUUCGCAUGUAAGGAUGUUACAUUUUGUUAAAUGUACUUAUCAUUAGUUUUUCAAUCAAAACGUCAUAUGAACUCCAUUAUCAAGAGUAUUUAUAUAAAUAUUAAUUACUGAUGCCAUAUGUUACGCUAUUCGCAUGUAAGGAUGUUACAUUUUGUUAAAUGUACUUAUCAUUAGUUUUAUGAUUUUAAUUUAAGUCAAGUUAUAUUUUACCUGUAAAUUCGUCCAAUUUUUCAAUGGGCAUGAUUAUUACAUUGAUGUUGUUAAUAAUCAAACUACUUUCUAUUCCAAAGGAUGCACAAGAAUUGUUUGUGGGAUAGACAACCUAGAUGUUCCGAAAAAUUUUAUUACUAAAGAAUUUCCCAAAGAUUAUUGCACCCAUGCUAUCUAUUAUUCCGCGGGCAUUGUAGGAAAUGACUUGACAAAUAUGUUCAGCAAUGAAUUGUCAAAAGACAGAGUAAGAGGGUUGUAAGUACGAAAUAAUUACUCUUUUCUUUGUAGUAUCAUACUCAAUUCUCAUAUGUCUGUUUCAGGGAACGGGUACAUCAUUAGGUUAUAUCAUUCUGUAAUCGUUAAGGAACUUUAUAUCAUAAAUGGCAAUGGAUUAACUCAUAAAUAAUAUGUGACAUGACAUUAUAGACGUUGAUCACCAAAUUGGAUUUAUCACAAUGAGAAAAUUGCUAUAUUUUAAUAUCGAUUAGAAGCUGUGCCAAGUUUUUGUAAAGCUAUAGAAAAGAAUUUGAUGUUUGUAUUCAAACAAUUUUUAUUUGGGAUAAUUUAAUCCUAGGAGCAUUUUUAAGUGUCCGGGAACAGUGUACCUAUAACUUCCCAAAGUAGGCAAUGUGGCAACCAAAGCCAGUUUGACCCGGGUGCCCCCACUAAAUAUAAACGGAGUUAAUCUCAGGCUACUCCGAACCCUGGGUGUGUGCUUUUGGUCAGGCUACGCAAAAACCUUAGUGUAUGAUUUUGGUCAGACUUCGCCGAACCCUAAGUGUAUGCUUUUGGUCAAACUACGCCGAACCCUGGGUGUAUGCUUUUGGUAAGGCUACGCCCAAAACUUGAGUUUGGUCAAAUCUUAAUUUCCUCUGCCAUAAUCAAGGUAUGCCAUUGUCCAUGGGCUAAAUUUUCGGUUUACGAAUUUGUCAGUCUGCGCUGUUUUCUGUGUGCGCUAAUAUCGGUGUGCGCAUUUUUCCUGUGCGCAGCAAGGGCUUUGUUGAGCUAUAUGUUCGCGUUUAUUGUGUACGCAUUUAUCUUGUGCGCGUAUUUCUGGUCACCCAAAGUAUACUUUUGGUCAAAUAGUAGUUUUGUCCCUUGAUUAUAAAUAGAAAAAUAUAAACAAUUUUUUUUUUAAAAUUAAAGAGAAAAUAAAAUAAUUAUAUAAAGAUAAUGUAAAGAAAACCUUCAUGAUUUCUAAUAUCCAUUGGUUUAUUUUUCUAUGUACAAAAAUGCUGGUAGUGUAACUUUGAUAUGAAAUGGGAGGGGUGUUGUUAAAUCUUUGGUGAGGGGUCUAAGCCCCACCUAAGAAACUUUUUGAAGUGAGUUUUUGCUAUCCAAAGAUCAACAGAUGUUGAAGUGUCUCUUAUCCUAUUUUUAAAAAAUAAUUUUUAUAUCAAUUAUUAAUUUGUUUAACUAAGCCCAUGUCAUUAACAAAUAAAAAAUAAAAUCAUUUGGUACAAACAACAUUCAGUACGCCGAGAUGCAAAAUGGCAUAAUAAAAAUUUAGUGACAUAAUUGUAAAUACUGACCAAAAAUGAAUCGAAUUCAUUAUACAUAUGGAACAAAAUAUGUACUGACUUUAUUGUACAUAUUGAACAAAAAUGAAUUGAAAUCAGUAUACAUCUUGAAAAAAAUGUACUGACAUAUUUGUACAUAUUGAACACAAAUAAAUUGAAAGAAUAUACAUAUUGAACACACAUGUACUGGCAUCAUUAGACAUAUUGAAUACAAAUAUACUGACAUCAUAAUACAUAUUGAACACAAAUGUACUGACGUCAUUAGACAUAUUGAAUACAAAUAUACUGACAUCAUAAUACAUAUUGAACAUACAUGUACUGACAUCAUUAGACAUAUUGAAUACAAAUAUACUGACAUCAUAAUACAUUUUGAACACACAUGUACUGACAUCAUUAGACAUAUUGAAUACAAAUAUACUGACAUCAUAAUACAUAUUGAACACAAAUGUACUGACGUCAUUAGACAUAUUGAAUACAAAUAUACUGACAUCAUAAUACAUAUUGAACAUACAUGUACUGACAUCAUUAGACAUAUUGAAUACAAAUAUACUGACAUCAUAAUACAUAUUGAACACACAUGUACUGACAUCAUUAGACAUAUUGAAUACAAAUAUACUGACAUCAUAAUACAUAUUGAACACACAUGUACUGACAUCAUUAGACAUAUUGAAUACAAAUAUACUGACAUCAUAAUACAUAUUGAACACACAUGUACUGACAUCAUUAGACAUAUUGAAUACAAAUAUACUGACAUCAUAAUACAUAUUGAACACACAUGUACUGACAUCAUUAGACAUAUUGAAUACAAAUAUACUGACAUCAUAAUACAUAUUGAACACACAUGUACUGACGUCAUUAGACAUAUUGAAUACAAAUAUACUGACAUCAUAAUACAUUUUGAACACACAUGUACUGACAUCCUUAGACAUAUUGAAUACAAAUAUACUGACAUCAUAAUACAUAUUGAACACAAAUGUACUGACAUCAUUAGACAUAUGAAUACAAAUAUACUGACAUAUAAAUACAUAUUGAACACAAAUUGUACUGGCAUUAUUAUACAUAUUGAACACACAUUUACUGACAUCAUAAUCCAUAUUAUGGCAAAAAAUGUUCUAACUUCAGUGUACAUAUUGAUCACAAAUGUUGUUAACUUUUUUAUAUAUAUUAAUGAAAAAUGUAAGUAAAAUCAUUAUACGUAUUGAACACAAAUGUAAUGACAUAAUUUUAAGUAUUAAACAAACAUGUAUUGACAUCAUUACACAUAUUAAACAAACAUGUAAGAAACACAGAACACAAACUGCUCGGUCUAAUUGCAUUUCAUUAUAGGGAAACGAACCACACUUAAAUUUUUCACACAUGUAACCAGUCCAAAUGCAUGCUCUAUUUAGAAGUCAAGGCUGAUGCUAUAAUAACACAGAACACAAACUGCUCGGUCUAAUUGCAUUUCAUUAUAGGGAAACGAACCACACUUAAAUUUUUCACACAUGUAACCAGUCCAAAUGCAUGCUCUAUUUAGAAGUCAAGGCUGAUGCUAUAAAAAUGAGGUCAAGCGAUCAAUGGUCAGAAAAACGCCAUUUUUAUCACGAUGUAACGCCAAUUUAUGUGUUUGGUAACUUUCGUGGUAGUGUGACGAAGUCGAGCUAACCUAUAAAUGUAAAUGUACUCGCGAUGACCUAAUUAGAACCCCCUUCUCCUCCUUUUGAGGUCAGGACGAGCUAUUUUCCCCAAUUACCGUCACCCCACCUGGAAAGCCACUGAACUUACUGAUAUGUAACGCCCAUCCCCCCCCCCCCCGUUUUUGUUCGCCUCGCAUGGGGUGAGCGAUUAUUGAAAGAAUAUCACGCUUCGGAAUAUUAAGUUCAUUGAAUUCAGAGAUCACGUCGUAGUGAUUAUCCAAUAAGCAAUGAGGAUAGAAUCACUAAAAAGGACGUUGCAAAAGUUAGAAGUUUUCUUUUUCAAGAUCGACUCUUAAGUUAGCACUGUCAACUUAGAGUGCCUUUUAAACCCGGCUUUCUAAAACCUACCUGGUUGCUAGAUCGCCGUAAUGCUGCAGUACAGUCAACUGCGCCUUAGCAGCUGGUUUGAGAAAUCUGUUUCCUGAGGCCUGAGUCCACGAACCCCGCCCAGCAACCCCUCUGGAAGACCAAUCCAUCACCCGCAAGGAUAUGAUCGCAUGCUGAUGGGACUUUACUCACCCGAGAAAUCCUCACAUACACCUACCACAGCGUACUGGGGAAGAGGUUAACCCCGCCCAGCAACCCCUCUGGAAGACCAAUCCAUCACCCGCAAGGAUAUGAUCGCAUGCUGAUGGGACUUUACUCACCCGAGAAAUCCUCACAUACACCUACCACAGCGUACUGGGGAAGAGGUUUCCCAGAAGGUACAGUUGUGACUGGUAUCAUUAACUUUCCUGAACGCCUUAAAAAGCGCUGAGCCCUGAAAUGCCACAAAGUACAAAGGAUCAAGAGUCCACUUCGACGUUGAAUGGAUCUCUGUAUUGUACUGCCGUAGCAUCUAUUUUCGUGAACGCAAUGAGAAGUGCUGAGCCCUGAAAAGCCACGAAGUAAAGUAUUGGAGAAUUCACUGCCACCAUUGUAUUGAUCCCAUUUUAUCACAAUGUUAUUUCUCCCCUUUACGUGAACGCCCUGAAAAGUGACGAAGGAUAGGACCCGAUCAUCCACAUCCACAUUAAAGUGAUCUCAUUAUUAAAUGAUCUUACCAGAUCAUCAGAGCUACUUCAUGAAGUCCUCAAAUACAGUUGUGAUUGGUAUCAUACACUUUCUUGAACGCCAUGAGAAGCGCUGAUUCCUGAGAAGCGACGCAGUAAAGAAUCGGAGGUUCCACCUCCACGUCGAAGUGAAACUACCUUGGAUUGAUCAAGCUAGAUCAUCAAAACGAUUGACUGAUAACUUAAGUCUGAUCGCGAACGAUUGUAAUACAAAGCAAAGCGACUGUUAGGAUUAGAUAUAUGUUAUACUGGAGACCAUUGUAAACAAUUAAAUAGAACCUAGCUUCCUUUAUAUGAUAGUGUAUAUCCCUUACUAUCAUGCCAUAUAUUAAUAAACCUGUAAAUAAAUAAGUUCAUUUGAUUUACUUAAAGGUGUUAUGACGUUUUUGAUAGUUAGGGUAUAAAUGAGUAAAGUAAUUAUGUCCUUUAGUUCAUGAAAUCGAUAUAACAAAAUACCCCUAGACACAUGCAGCUGCGACACUCAUCAAAGAGUUGUUCCACUCCAAACCCCUUUAAUACAAAAGUCAUUUCACCACAGAUAGGACGCUAAAUAAAGAAAAUUUCUGAAAAAAUAAAGCUUUCCAUUGAUAUCAAAUAGGAUGCAGUCAGGAGAUAAUAAGUACCCUACCUGAAUCGAAUCAGUGAAAGUUAAAAGCAUUUUAAAAAUGACUUUUUACUUAUUAAUAGGAUUUAUACAAUAAUUUUUGCUCACUUUUCUUAUAUCUUUAAUAAUUUAUUUAAAUCAUUAAAAAAAAUUUUGAAACCAAAUAUAUAUCAACAUACUAGAAAUACUUUUUGCUCUCUCCAUCACUAGAUCUGCCCCUAAACAUUUGAGGACGAUUGUCAUACAGCAAUGUCUUUUACUUACUGUUAGGUAUUUCCCUAUGGCAUGGGCCUGGGGAGCUGCUCAACAAACUCUUGCCAGAGGAGUAUAGGUAUAGGUAUGGGUCUAGGUCAAGGGGGAACAGGUAUAGUUAUAGCCAGUGGUACAUGUGGAGGUAGAUGUAUAGUUCCCUAUAAGUACGUGUACAGGAGGAGGUAUAGAUGAAGGAAGAGCACGAAUAGGUAUAUGUAUAGGUAGUGGUACAGGUGUAAAAAGAGCACGUUUAGUUAUAGGUAGUGGUAGAGGAGAAGGGAUAAUUAUAGGAAGACGUGUAGAUAUUGUAAAGAUCAUAUGGAGUGAUGAUGUUACUUGUAGUUAUUACUUAUAUUAUGUAUUCACCAUCACAGAUGUCUAUGAUUAUCUAACGAAGCACGAUGGCCAAAACUAAGAGUUUGCAUCACAACAUUUAUUUACUGAUUAAAGUACACCACAUGAAAUAAUACCUCCAUAAAUCAGAGCAAAUAUAAUUGUCAUAAAUUCUUCCACUUCACAUUUGUUGAAUCAACAUUAAGAUGCUGUAUUAUAAAAAAAGUAAUUAUAGCAAGUGCUAAUCAAGAAAUAUAAUCAAACCGCCAUUCAUCCGGGUCUUUCACUGUCUAAUCAAUAACUGCCUAACUUCCUGUCUUUUCUACUUAUCAUUCCGCCGAAAAAGCAUUAAGAUCUAAAUAUUUUAUCUGUGAAAGAUAUAAUAAGAGAAUGAGAUAUAUACACGCGCACAAAUAGACGCAGAGAAAUGGGAAUGCCUUAUUCGAACGUUUAAACCAUUCGGUCACCCAGCCUCGUGAGUUCACUUGCAUAAUAUCUCAUUUCUAUCGCACAGAUUUUUAAUUUUUUUUUUAACCAAGUUGAACUUUGAACCGACCCUGGCACACGUGACACACAUGACUAAUUUUAGAACACGCGUCACAACUGUACAAAAACUAAACAAUCAUUUCAAUUAGCUUUGAUACUCGCUAUAUAUCCCUGUGGAUAUAACUUAAUGACUUCUUUUUGUAUUCAGUUACCUAUAACAAGCAUUACAAAUACCUUAACCAUGACAAGUUCCAUACGGUACCGUUUUAGUUAUGUCAGAGUUAGCCCUCUACAACAAUCACUCGCACAUAUAAAGAAGUUAUGUUUUAAAUGUUAUCCCAUUACAAUCGAUUUAAAUAAUUAAAAUAGGACAUAAUUCUACAUCUAUUAAUUCAAGUCAAAACUAUUGCGUUGUCUCAGUGGCGUAACUAGGGGGGUGCGGAAAGCACCGGGUGACACCAUCUCAGGGGUGACACUAAAUUGAAAAAUUGCAUAUUUACAGAGAAACAACUUUUCGGUCUAAUCAAAUCUCAUAAAAGAAUAACCGAUCCCAUGUAAAUUUCCCACACAGUUUACCAAUCCACAUGCGUGCUUUAUUAAAAGUUCAAGGUUGAUGCCUCAUAAAUGGGGUAACCCUAUAAUUAGGUCAGAAAAACACCGUUUUCAACAGGAAUGAAGUGUUUGUUAACUUUCGUAAGUGAAAGGAAGCUAUAUUGAUCUACAUUCUGAGAAAUAAAGCUUUCCGUUGAUACCAAAUACGAUCUGGUCGAGCGGUUCUCAGUACAUAAAUCAAAUCUGUAAAAACUCAACACGUUAAAAGAUUACACUUUACCCACUUAAAGUGUAAACAAAAUAAUAUUUUUAGAAGAUUUUAAUAACUUUUGUUUCAAUGUAAAAAAUGGUUUUUGAAUCGAAAUAUAUUAAAACUAAGAAAUACUUAAAACUAAAUGUUAUCGCCGAUUAGCCACUCACACUUUGAAAUCCCCCUUUAACCGUUAGCACUUUUGAAAUACAGCACAAGGUCAUUUACGUGCUGUCUGUGAUUUCACGUUUAUCUGCUACAUUUUCACAUCGGCUCAUCUACUUACGGAAGUUAAUCUUAUACAGCAGUAUCUGCACACCAAAGGCUUUACUCUUAAGAAAGUGGUGACCAACCUAGAGAUUUUAAGAUUGUUUUUCCAAGAGAAGGGCUGUAACUUGGUGGAACAUGCUAUUGAAAAGGCACUUUUAAAAUAAGAAAAAUUAUGGAAUUUCUGUAAAAAGACGAUUAAGGUUUAAGAACAGAAAUGCAGGAGAACAGUUUAUUGAUGUCGGACUUUCAAUGGCUAAAGAAAACAAAUUGGAGAUGGAGAUGCUGGAAUGUAUUGAUUGCUUUCAUUCUGAACCCAAGAACGGAUCAUAUAUAAUAAAGAAAUUAUCAGAUAUUUCUGGGCUGUUCAACCGACGAGUCUACUAUCAGCUUGUGAAGAAGAGUUAUUGAUGUCCAUUACUAAAUUAAACUCUUUCUAUGUUGAAUUAUCAGAAAAUGAAAAAAAAAUUUAUUAAGGCUUAGAAUACAGCUAAACGCAGCUGAUAUUGAAUUUCACAAAGUCAUGGAUUGGUCAGCAUUGGAUGUAUUUAAAUUCAGAGCUAAAUGAGACUUCUUAGAAUCUUUUCCAGUACUCUCGGUAAGCCUUCAAUUGUUUGUUACGAUAUGUAUGUAUGUGGCUGCAUGUAAUGAAAUCUUUUCAAAAUAAGGCUUAUCAGGAACUAGAUACGAACCCCCAUGGGACAGUAAAGGCUUUUAAAUCUGGCUCUCUUAUCAAUUAAAAUAGGUACGGUGAAUGAUAUUGAUUUUGUUUAGGUGAUUGACUUAUUUGAAGCUUUGAAAAACAGAAAAAAGAAAAAUAUUAAUACAGUCAAUUUAAUGUAACAAGAACGAUAACGUAACACUGUUACAGUUCUAUUAUGGUGGACAAGCGGACUGGACCGUACCGAUAGCCAGUCAAGGAAACAGCGCGCAUGCACAGAGAGACUGGAGAGAGUGUGUGUGUUUAUGAACCGUGUUCCGGAUGCAAGCAGAAAGUCAACACUUGAUUGAGAACUUGUAUUUAUGUAUAUAUAUAUGUUUAUGUUACUGGUUUGAAAUAAAAACAAUGAAAACAUAACAAAAUGGUUGCCAGUAUAAACAAAACAGUGAGGUAUCGACCAGCAUCAACAACACAGUAUGAUGGUCUGUAUUAACUCAAUACAAAACUCAGUACAACUCAGUACAACAGAGUGAUAGUUUGAUACGCACGAGUGAGUUCACGGGACGGAGGAAGUAAAUACACAAUGGAGUCAAAUCUGAGCCAAGCUGACAUUAUCCAGAAGCUCAUACAGCAGAACGAGCUACUUUUGAAACUAGCAAAAGGUAAUACGGCUACUAAUAUGAAGUUUACACAUUUCAAUAGUAACUACUACAAGUUACCUUGGUGUUGGCAAAUAAUGAGCCAAAGGAAUGGCAGGCACACAUUUUUUUAAUAAGCCAGACGCCAGAGCUGCAUAAAAUGUUAUCAACCAUCUUACAACAAAAAGAACCACCACAAAAUUUAAAUGACUUGAACAAAGAAGAUAUAUAUAGAAUAAUGAUGGAUCAAUUUGAUCCCACCAAAUUUGUAAUCAGAGAAAGGUUUAAAUUUUGGUCUGAUUCUAGAAGAAAACUGGGGCAAACAAUCAAAGAAUUGGCAGCUAGGAUCACACAGGAUGCAGCGACUUGUGAGUUUAGUAAUAUCAAAAAUCCUCUAGAUGAAGCUUUACGAACAAGAUUCAUGUGCUCUGUAAAGAAUGAGGCCGUAUUGAAAAUUUUGUUUAGGAUGAAGGACACUGAAGUGUCAUUCAACAAGGCAGUUGAAAUAGCUGUUGAAACAGAUGAGGAAGCGAAACGUGCCAAAGAAACAGUCCAGGAAGAAACGCCUAUCAAUAAAAUUCAGACACAAAGAAAGAAGCAACAUCAGACGGCAGAGAAAUUUUCUCCAUCUCAAAGACAAGAAUUUCCGAGUGGAACUUGUGAAAGUUGUGGAGUAAGAGGCCAUAAAGGAAAUAUCUGCAGGUACAAAGUCGUGAUCUGCCGCUUUUGCCACAAAAGAGGACAUCUAGAAAGAGUUUGUCUAAAUUAGAAAGAGAAUGCUCCCAAAAAGAAACCGAUUCAUCUCAAAAGAAUAAGAAGGCAAAACCAAAUAAAAACUAUCCCGCCCAUUAUUCAGGAACUCAUUUUAGAAGGAAAGAGGUUUGCAUUUGAAAUUGACACUGGAGCCGGAGAAACUUUUAUGUCUGAAUCUAUUUGGCGAAAGCUGGGACAACGCACAUUGAGCCCAGUAUCGGUCAAGUACGAGUCAGCAAAUGGUGACCUACUUAAUGUUUUGGGAAGUGUACAGAUAAAGGCUGAAGCAGGGGAAAUAACUACAAAUUUGUUAUUUGUAGUACUGAAAAAUAACAACGUAAAUUUGUUGGGAAGAACGGCAAUAAAGAACCUCAGGAUUUCAAUAGACGCACUGUUUCAAACAAGGACAAAUUACAUUGCUAAUCAAAACUCAUUGAUUAAAGCUCGUGAAAAAAUCCGUAAGUCAACUGAAGAUUGCAAUGCGGAUGCUCUUAGUCGUCUACCCUCAGGGCCUGAUGACAAUUUUGACGUUGAAGAAAGUGAAUCAGACAUGGAUUCUGUUUGUAUGAUCAAACAAAUCAGUUUACAGAUCAGACCAACAGACCCAGGAGUCCUUGCUAAAGAGUCACUUAAAGAUUCUACUGUGUCUACAGUAAUGAGAUAUUGUCAAGAGGGCUGGCCGUCCUCUAUAAACAAAGAACACUUGAACUAGAAUGCAACUAAUAUAGCAGCUUUUAAAAAUAUUCAAGACUCACUCUCGUGGAGUCGAAUUGUCUAUUUUAUAGUUCGAGAAUUGUGGUACCAAAAAUACUACAAGCUCAAGUUCUCCAAAUCCUGCAUACAGGACAUUUUGGAAUUGAGCAGAUGAAACAGUUAGCAAGAUCAUCUGUAUAUUGGCCCGGACUUGAUACUCAAAUCAUGGAGAUAGGUCGAACAUGCCAAGCAUGUGCAGAACAAGCCAGAAACCCAAACAAAGCAAGUAUCCACCCAUGGAUGCUGCCAGAAAAACCAUGGAGUCGAGUGCAUAUCGAUCAUGCCAUUAACUUUAAGGGAUCUCAUUGGCUGGUGGUGAUAGAUGCUUAUUCAAAGUACCCGUGUAUCCACAGGACAACAUCUACAUCGACCAAAGCUACCAUUGAUCUUCCGGAGGAAGAUUUUGUUCAUUUCGGUUAUCCACACACCAAAGUCAGUGACAAUGCUACUUGCUUCAUCUCAGAAGAAUUUCAGCAUUGGUGUAAGGAGAAGGGUAUUGUACAUCUUGCAGGCGCUCCCUAUCAUCCUGCUACAAAUGGAGCUGCCGAACGACUGAUUCAAAGUUUCAAGAGUUCACUAAAGAAAUCCUCAUUACCUUUAAAGGAAUCUCUACAAGACUUUCUGCGUCAGUAUCGUAGGACACCAUUGGCAAAUGGAUUAUCACCUAGCCAACUGCUGAAUAAUCGGCAAAUAAGUACACUUAUUGAUACCCUAGUUCCCUCUCCUGCCCAUCGAGCACAAGGACAGCAUCUUAAAGAAAUAGCCGUCCGCCAUGGGACAAAAAGAAGUACUAGUCGAACAUUUAACCGGGGAGAUCCAUGUUACGUCAGAGUAUAUAGAACAGAAACAGACUCAAAACCACGAUGGGCUCCCGGUACAAUCAUCCAAGUUAUGGGUCCACGUCUCUUCAAGGUAAAGAUUUAUCCAAAUGGUCCCAUUUGGAAGAGACAUUUAGACCAACUUCGCCCCAGGUACGGAGCAGAAGAAGAUUCAGAACCAGGUUUGGAUAUAAUGACAGAAAAUCUUUAUCCAACAGCUCAGGCAGCCCUGAGUCAUCAACCGUCUACACAUCCAGCAACUCCAAGUCAGCCUAAGAAGAAGAUUAACACUCGACAUCCAAGACCUUCAGACUAUGUCAUUCCCAGAAGAUCUCAAAGACAACGGCGAGCACCAUUGGUACCGGACUUGUAAUUGUUCGGGGAGGUGUAAUGGUGGACUAGCGGACUGGACCGUACCGAUAGCCAGUCAAGGAAUCAGCGCGCAUGCGCAGAGAGACUGUAGAGACUGUGUGUGUUUAUGAACCGUGUUCCGGAUGCAAUCAGAAAGUCAACACUUGAUUGAGAACUUGUAUUUAUGUAUAUAUAUGUUUAUGUUACUGGUUAGAAAUAAAAACAAUGAAAACAUAACAAGUUCUUAAAUACAUCUACCUCUUGAAAUUCAAUUAUUAUUUUUUAUGUUUCUUUUUAUUGCUAUACUACGGACUUAUUUUAACAUGAAGAACACCAUCGUGGCAGUCGGGAGGGGAGAUGACUCCAUGAAUUUACCGCACCGAGUGACACCGAGCCUAGCUACGCACUACGUCAAGCUAUCGAGCUGAUAUUUAGCACAUAGACUCGUUGCCAAUGAAAACACAUUCUAUUAAAUUAUUUCAGCCCCAUCCCCAAACCUCAAAACCCAAAGGUCAGCGUUACCUGUUUUUUCAAGGGAAACAUGAAACACGCCAAAUAAGAUUUAAAAAAAAAAAAACAACAAAAAAUUUCAGUAAAUGCUUUUGGUGCGUAAUACUUCCUUUGUUUUUCUGAAAUAGUAGGUGUAAUAAAUCUGUUUGUACAAAAGCGGGCGGGUCAUUAAAUGUAAAAAUAUUUCAGGGGCGUGAACAAAAAUGUGCGGUUGCGAGUCUUGAGGGGGAAAGGUGAGCACUAAUUGUGAUUCUUAUAAUUGCAUUAGUUUUAUGCAUGUUUUGUCAACUUUUCAGCCCUAACCCGCCCAUUGCUAAAUAUUACAUUUUACGAAGUAUUCAUAUAAAAAACUAUGUGUGCGUUUAAUGUGUUAAAAAAAACAACAAAAAAACAUGUUUAGGUUAUUUUUUUAUACGGUUUUCUAAGGGGGGGGGGGGUAUGGAUUUAUAUAGCCCCAAAAUAGAGAUGGCUGAAAAAAAGAAUGAAUAUAAAUAUCAAUUCAAUAAAUUCAUCCUCAAAGGAUUUUAUGUAAUUCAUUAUAGUUGGAAGGGACGUGGAGAUGACUCCACUUCAUAAAUUAGAUACGGUACAUCAUAAAUAAGAUACAUCAUAAAUAAGAUACAUUUUAAAUAAGAUGUAUUAUAGUUAUGAUGCUUGAUGGACAAGAUACAUCUUAGACAAGAUACAUCAUAGGCAUAAUACAUCUUAGACAAGAUACAUUUUAGACAAGAUACAUCAUAGGCAUAAUACAUCUUAGACAAGAUACAUUUUAGACAAGAUACAUCAUAGGCAUAAUACAUCUUAGACAAGAUACAUUUUAGGCAAGAUACAUCAUAGACAAGAUACAUAUUAAAGACAAGUUACAUCAACGAUUAGUUACAUCACUGACAAGAUACUUACAUCAUAUUAAAGUUGCAUCAUAGAUAAGAUUCGUCAAGACAAAAUAUUGAUUAAACUCGUAUGAUUAUUAUUAUUAUAUCUUACUUCCGGACAAGGUAUGCCAAAACGACUGAUCUCAAGAAGAGAAAUAAAGAUUUAAAAAUUCUCCUUAGUGUAUCAGUACCAUGGUCUGCACCCAAGCCUUUCGCUGCAAUCGUGGCUAGAGAAGACAGUCGAAAUGAAUUUAUCUCGAAUGCCAUCACUUACUUAAGAAAACAUAAAUUCGAUGGCCUUCAUAUUGAUUGGUGGUAUCCAAAUAAAGAUGGAGUUACAGAGGAAAAAAAACAUUUAACUGCUUUCCUGAAGGUAUGGGUAAAAUCUCUAAUAUUAAUUUUUCUUUUAAUAUGAUUGCUUCCAUUGCCCGUUAGCACGCAACACACAAAUGUCGAUAACUACAAUGAAUGACAUCUUUAAAAAAAAUAUAAUGCAAAUUCGAUCGGUACGUAAUAUUUUCUUUUCAUUUACGGAAAUAGAAAUGGUCUCAAUUUAAAUAUGGCGUAGUAAAAAUUAGGUUUAAAAGUAGCUAGAAUAUAAGAUUAUUAAUAUAGAAAUAAUAAUUGUGCAGUGGCGUAUCAUGGGGAGGGGGGGAAGUGUGUAUAAAAAAUGUGGAUUCUUAUUUGUGCGUUAAAAAUACUUGCGUUCAUAUUUUGUCAUGCCACUUUAGUAAAUAGGAAUUUUAUGCAAUGCUGUCACCGAUGUUUAGCAAUUAAUAAGUGAUGAAAUAUUAUUUCACAAGCUUAUUUUUUGUAUUUUAAUUAAUAUUUGGACUCUAUCAUUUCAUGGUAGAAUAUGGGCUUUAGAUUCAGUGAAAAUUUAAGGACAUAUUUUUUGAGUGAUAACAUUAUUAUUUUAAAAAUACCGCACUAUUAAAUUCUCAAUAUUGUUCCCACAACAUUUAGAUAACGUUUCUGUAUUGAAAUGUUUCUUGAACAAAACCACUAUCCAUAUCUACAUAAAUUAAUGUAACUGCACAGAACCACCAUCAACGUAUACAUGAAUUGAUAUGCCUGCACAGAACCACCAUUCACUUAUUCUUGAAUUGAUAUGCCUGCAAAGAACCACAAUCCACGUAUACGUAAAGUGGAUAUACCUGCACAGAACCACCAUGCACAUGUACAUGAAUUUGAUAUACCUGCACAUAACCACUGUCCACUUAUACACGAAUGUAUAUACCUACACAGAACCACUGUCCACUUAUACACGAAUGUAUUUACCUGCACAGAACCACUGUCCACUUAUACACGAAUGUAUUUACCUGCACAUAACCACUGUCAACUUAUACACGAAUGUAUUUACCUACACAGAACCACUGUCCACUUAUACACGAAUGUAUUUACCUGCAUUGAACAUGGUGCAUUUCGUCAAAAUUACUUUUAUUUUAAACUAUAAAUGUAGCAGUAAAUAUCGCUGCGUUAUUUCAAAAAAUCUACGCUUUUAAAUUACGUUUCAAAUUUAAAAAAAAAAUUACUAGUAAAUUUAUACUGAUCAUCAACUUAGCGAUUGGUUUUCGACGCGCAAUGGUUUUAUUUUUAUUUUCGAUUUUUACGAAUGAUUUUGCAGGUGGCGUCUGAGGCGUUUCAAAAUAAUUCGAUAGAAACUGGAAAAUCAAGACUCCUACUUAGCGUAAUUGGUAACCCUUCUCAAGUUGGCUAUUACGAGGUCUCCAAAAUUGCAAGGUAUUUUAUGUUUCAGUAUUGCCAAGUGAUUGAUAAACUUUCAAAAAGGGAAAAGUGAGGGGGGAGAGGUUAAAAUGGACAGCUUUUAUUUUGCACUCAAAGAAUUAUGUAUUAAUGUUUAAAUUUGUUGGAUAGAAGUAUAAUUUAAAUUGAUUGUUGUUGUUUUAACACUAUGGAAAUGUUAUUUCGUUAUUGCAAUUUUCCCAAAAUUAUCUUGAUUCAGAAAAACAAUUUGAUAAUCAUUUCUGAGCCUUUAACUUAAAUAUAAUUUUCAAACUAGCAGGAUAACUUGCUUUAAUUUAUUAAAAAGGCAAUUUAUGAAUAUAGAAUUAUAAAUAAUUUUUAAAAUAUUUUAUACAAAAUAGGUAUGUGGACAUGAUGAACAUUGUUGGCUUUAGGUUCUUUGGUUCAUGGAACUCACACAUAAGUCAUCACAGUCCUCUAUACGGAGACGACAGCAGCGUGGUAAAGAAAUGACGUCAUAUAUUUUCACUUGUUUAUUGAAUACUCUCAUUCCAAAAGGAAAUGUAAAAUACCUUUGUUAUUUCAAAAAUAAGAUGUUUUCUGCUCAUAAUGCUUAAGAUUUAAACUCAACACAUAGUUAAAAUAGUGCGUAAUGCUUUAAUGGUCUGGCUUUAAUAGGUGUUUUAAGAUCAAUUUACAAUCCCGAUUGUUUUUCACAAUUUUCUUUACGAAUGGUUACAUGUUUGAUUUACAAAAAAACAACAACAUAUGUUAAUAAGUAAUUAAAAAAUUUAAUUACAAUCAUCCAAAAAAUUAAUAUGGAAAAAUAUGUAUUUAGUUGCAGGGACGUCAUUUGGGUAGGGCAGGGUGGGCAUUCGCCCCCCCCCCCCACCGUGAUUGUGCAUGUAUUAUUUAAAUUGCAAUGUACUGUGACGCCUCCAGUAAUAAGUAACUUAACAAGUGACCAGGUUUUGUGUUUAGCUAUUUGAAAUUAAAUGUGUUUAGUGCCAUAACAUUAUGUGUUAAGCUGUAUGACAAUAUAUAUUGUAUAUAUUUAACUGUGUUUAGCUUUAUGACAAUAUAAGUUGUAUGUAUGAAACUGUUAGUGUUAAGCUAUAAUACAAUGUACAUUUUUUGUAUUAAACUGCAGUGAUUAGCUGAUGACUAUGUAUAUUGUAUGUAUUAAACUGUAUGUGUUUAGAUGUAUGGCUAUUCAAAUUGUGUGGAUUAAAAGGAUGAAAUGCAUGUGUUUAGUUCUAUGACUAUUAUAUAUUCUCCAUGACAUUAUAUAAUUGAACUUUAGGGUAGGGCAACACAGUUAUAUAUAAUUUGGAAAAUUCUGGUUAGGGCUUCCUUCAAAUACAGAUGUGGAUGACAUUAGUAAUAAAAUAAUAGAAAUAUCAGAACCAAUUAGAUCUCAUAGAGCCAAAAGUACAGUUUUUUUUACAAAAUUCUUCUAAAGCUCUAUUUUUUUAAAAACAUUGGUAUGUUCCUAAAUGCAAAAAAACAAACAUAAAAAACAAAAACUUUUGUUUGUAUUUUAUAAUUUGACUAAAAAUUGAGGAGUGCUCAAUGACGCAACAUCAGCACGUGUCCAAAUUAGCGCGCAAAAGUGACUUUAAUUUUAGCAGGUACAUAAGGAUUCUGGACUCAUAAUAAAUACUGAUCUCAAAUAUAAAAACUGAACUCGUAUAUUACACUGUUCUAAUGUAUAUAUAAAUACAAUACUCAUAUGUAAAUACUGAACUCAUAUAUAAUACUCUUCUCAUGUAUAUAAAAAUACAAUCCUCAUAUAUACAUACUGAACUCGUAUAUAAUACUGCUCUCAUGUAUUUACAAACGCAUUCCAAUAUUAUUUCAGGCCAGCUCAUUACAAUUGUGGAAGAAAAAUGGAAUGCCUGCUGAGAAAUUAAAUUUAGGUAUAGCUUUUUAUGGUGUGUAUGUUCAUGUGGAGAACAAAACGCAUUAUUCUGACCGCAUGAAAAUUGUCCACGUUGGAAAGCCACUUUACACUUCACAGAGCGAGGGGUUGAUAUCAUUUGGUCNAAUUUGUAUAAACUGAUAUAUCAAUAAUUAAUUCGAUUUUAUUAGUUAAAUAAAGACUGUUAUGUAGCACAAUUUCCUGUGCGUGAACUUUCAUCGACCUCGCAGUACACUCCUAGCAGACAGUAACGUCUGUUGUGGGCGUGGUUAAAUCUCUUUGAUGUAUCUUGUUUACAAUCGGCUUCCAAUGACACAUUGCGUAGUUGUCUCCUGGUAUCUUCUCGAAUGUGCUCCUUAACCCGAGAUAUGUAAACAACACGUCCAAAGUCCUACGCUACAUGUAUAUAAAGGAUUGACAGAUACGAAGAGAGGAGAUUCAGAUAUAUAUUAAUUUUACGAGGCGUGUAUUAUUCCUUGUGUAUUGUUUUUUGUGUAUUUGUGUGCUCAUACUCAUAUGUGUUUAUUUCGCAUUAUUCAUUGGUACAUUAUUCUAUCUGUGUUAACUGUGUACCAGUACAAGAUCUACCAUACUGUAAGUUGAAGAUUGUAAUUAUAUUUUCUUUUCUUUUGUAAUCAUCUUAAGAAUUAAAAAAUCUUAUUAAUUGUAGCUAGAAACUGUUUUGGGUCGCAUCUUUAAUAUUGUUGAUUCUAUGGUAUCGUCCUUUGUUAGGCACUGUUUACAACGAGCCAAAUUAAAAUUAAAAUAUGAGAUUAAAUUCUGCCAAUACAAGUCAGUGCGUAACAAAGACAAUUAUUUAAACUGAUAAAAUCUCAUUGCAACGUCAAGAUUAAUUUAAAUCAAAACCAAAUGAACAGAUUCAAACCUGCUAUCGCAUUGUUGAAAGACAGUUUUCUUAUUGCAUUUAACCAAGUCGACAUUGACAAAAUGAUGUUUUGUGGUGUCUUGUCAGCUUGUACGCCGCGCAUGAGUUUAUUCAGCUAAAUAUUUUCCGCUUCAUUGACGUAUGUAUUCUUAGUUGUGGUGUGCUGAAAUUUGUAAGUGUCUGACUUAAAGUGGCUAUAUAUGGAAAUGUGGCCAAAUUGAGCAUUCACUUUAUGUCAUUCUGUUUCAACGGCUGUCUAUGUUAGCUCUAACUCAGUUAUGACAUGGUGAAUUUAAUUCAUGUAUUAAAUAAAAUUACCAUACCGCUUGGAUCAUAAAGCUUUACUUUCAGUUUGAUCUGAGGUUUCCGUUUCCACAACUUUGUUUCAUUACUAAUAAUUAGGGCUUAGCUGGGUUCAAUUGUUGUAAUCCAAUCCUAGUUGAGGUAUUUUAUAACAAUACGUGGCGUGUCUGAGUCUAGUACAGAUAUUGACUUAUCAUUAACAGUCAGUAUCAUCAGUCUUUGAGUAUCAUCAGUCAUUCAGUCAGUAUCAUCAGUUAGUCAGUAUCAUCUCUCAGUUAGUCAGUAUCAUCAGUCAAUAUACAGCGUCAUUCAGUCAGUAUCAUGAGUCAGUCAGUAACAUCAAUCAGUUAGUAGCAUCAAUCAGUCAGUAUCAUCGGUCAAAUGUAUCAAUAUUCAGUCAGUAAAAUCAGUCAGUUAGAAUCAUCAAUCAGUCAUUAUCAUUAGUCAGUCAGUGUGAUCAGUAAGUCAGUAUUGGAAAUGCAAUAUUAGUUGUAAAAAGAUAGGUCAUGGUCAUAAUCAAAGGUAUGCAUCUUGUUAAAACAAAGAAUUGCAGAAAAUUAGCAACAACUAUACAAAAUUUUGUUUCUUCAGAUCUUUUAAAUAAAUUUAACCAACAUUUUGUUUUGCAUCAAUCUCUAUUCAAGUUUCUUUUAUUUUUUUUUUUUAAAAGUAAGCUAAAAUGUACAGAACAUUUUAUUAAAACUGCGAAAAAAUUUUUAUUAUCUGGACCUGGUUCCGUGUUUUGAAGGGUUUAUUUCUUAUCAGCACACGGCUUAGUCCCACCAAAAUUGUUAGAGUAGGUUUAUUUCUUACCACAACCCACUAAGUCCCACUUAAAAUGUUAGAUAUGGUUCAUUUCUUAUCAGCACCCGGCUUAGUCCACUAAAAAUGUCAGAUAAUGUUUAUUUCUUAUCACAACUCGGCUUAAAACCACUAAAAAGGUUAGAUUUGGUUCAUUUCUUAUCGGGACCCAGCUUAGUCCCAAUACAAAUAUUAUAUUAGGUUCCUUUCUUAUCAGAUUCAACUUAAUCUCACUAAAAUGUUCGAUUAGAUUAUUCCUUAACAGCCCUUAUCUGCAUUCGGCGUAAACCCACUAAAAAAGUUAGAUUGUGCUCAUUUCUUAUCGGUACCCGGCGUUGUUCUCAAAAAAAUAUUAGACUGGGAUUAUUUCUUAUCAGAAUUCCCAAAGUUCCACUAAAAAUAUUAGAUUUGAUUCAUUUCUUGUCCUGUACCCGGCUUUGUCCAAAAAUUUUUUUAGAUUUGGUUCACUUCUUAUCAGCACUCGGCUUAGUUAAACUAAAAAUGUUAAAAUAGAUUCUUUCUUAUCAGCACUGGCUUAGUCCGACUUAAAAUGUUAGAUUUGGUUCAUUUCUUAUCAGCACUCGGCUAAGUCCCACUGAAAAUGUUAGAUUAAGAUCAUUUCUUAUCAGUACUCGGCUUAGUUCCACUUAAAAUGUUAGAUUAGGAUCAUUUCUUAUCAGCACUCGGCUUAGUCCCACUAAAAUGCUAGAUUAGGUUCAAUUCUUAUCAGCAUCAGGCUUAGUCCCACUAAAAUGUUAGAUUAGGUUCAUUUCUUAUCAGCACUCGGCUUAGUCUUACUAAAAAUGUUAGAUUAGGUUCAUUUCUUAUCAUCACUCGGCUUAGUCCCACUAAAAUGUUAGAUUAGGUUUAAUUCUUAUCAGCACUCGGCUUAGAAACACUAAAAUGUUAGAUUAGGUUCAAUUGUUAUCAGCAUCAGGCUUAGUCCCACUAAAAUGUUAGAUUAGGUUCAUUUCUUAUCAGCACUCAGCUUAGUCCCACUAAAAAUGUUAGAUUAGGUUCAUUUCUUAUCAUCACUCGGCUUAGUCCCACUAAAAAUAUUACAUUAGGUUCAUUUCUUAUCAUCACUCGGCUUAGUCCCACUAAAAUAUUAGAUUAGGUUCAUUUCUUAUCAUCACUCGGCUUAGUCCCACUAAAAUGUUAGAUUAGGUUCAUUUCUUAUCAUCACUCGGUUUAGUCCCACUAAAAUGUUAGAUUAGGUUCAUUUCUUAUCAUCACUCGGCUUAGUCCCACUAAAAAUAUUAGAUUAGGUUCAUUUCUUAUCAGCACUCGGCUUAGUCCCACUAAAAAUGUUAGAUUAGGUUCAUUUCUUAUCAUCACUCGGCUUAGUCCCACUAAAAAUGUUAGAUUAGGUUCAUUUCUUAUUAUCACUCGGCCUAGUCCCACUAAAAAUGUUAGAUUAGGUUCAAUUCUUAUCAGCAUCAGGCUUAGUCCCACUAAAAUGUUAGAUUAGGUUCAUUUCUUAUCAUCACUCGGCUUAGUCCCACUAAAAAUGUUAGAUUAGUUUCAUUUCUUAUCAUCACUCGGCUUAGUCCUAUUAAAAAUAUUAGAUUAGGUUCAUUUCUUAUCAGCACUCGGCUUAGUCCCACUAAAAAUAUUAGAUUAGGUUCAUUUCUUAUCAGCACUCGGCUUAGUCCCACUAAAAAUGUUAGAUUAGGUUCAUUUCUUAUCAUCACUCGGCUUAGUCCCACUAAAAAUGUUAGAUUAGGUUCAUUUCUAAUUAUCACUCGGCCUAGUCCCACUAAAAAUGUUAGAUUAGGUUCAAUUUUUAUCAGCAUCAGGCUUAGUCCCACUAAAAUGUUAGAUUAGUUUCAUUUCUUAUCAGCACUCGGCUUAGUCCCACUAAAAAUGUUAGAUUAGGUUCAUUUCUUAUCAUCACUCGGCUUAGUCCCACUAAAAUGUUAGAUUAGGUUCAUUUCUUAUCAUCACUCGGCUUAGUCCCACUAAAAUGUUAGAUUAGGAUCAUUUCUUAUCAGCACUCGGCUUAGUCCCACUAAAAAUAUUAGAUUAGGUUCAUUUCUUAUCAGCACUCGGCUUAGUCCCACUAAAAAUGUUAGAUUAGGUUCAUUUCUUAUCAUCACUCGGCUUAUUCCCACUAAAAAUGUUAGAUUAGGUUCAUUUCUUAUUAUCACUCGGCCUAGUCCCACUAAAAAUGUUAGAUUAGGUUCAAUUCUUAUCGGCAUCAGGCUUAGUCCCACUAAAAUGUUAGAUUAGGUUAAUUUCUUAUCAGCACUCGGCUUAGUCCCACUAAAAAUGUUAGAUUAGGUUCAUUUCUUAUCAUCACUCGGCUUAGUCCUACUAAAAAUAAUAGAUUAGGUUCAUUUCUUAUCAUCACUCGGCUUAGUCCCAGUAAAAUGUUAGAUUAGGUUCAUUUCUUGUCAGCACUCGGCUUAGUCCCACUAAAAAUAUUAGAUUAGGUUCAUUUCUUAUCAGCACUCGGCUUAGUCCCACUAAAAAUGUUAGAUUAGGUUCAUUUCUUAUCAUCACUCGGCUUAGUCCCACUAAAAAUGUUAGAUUAGGUUCAUUUCUUAUUAUCACUCGGCCUAGUCCCACUAAAAAUGAUAGAUUAGGUUCAAUUCUUAUCAGCAUCAGGCUUAGCCAUACUAAAAAUGUUCUCUAGGUUUUUUUUUUUAAAAGGCGUAUGCUCGUUAAUUUAAAAAAAAAAAAAAAAAAAAAGCGCUGUUUAAACUUUAGGGGUGGGGGGUUGGGGGAUUGUUUCAAUUUUAUGACUACCUCGUCUGUACUCUCAGUCAGUAUACUAAUUAUUAUGAUUUUUUUCAUUAUAACUUUUAUCCUCGCUUCAUAACGUUUGAUGAAUAGAAAUAUUAAAAUAAAAAAUUGGAAGGUUUUGUAUUUAUUCUAAUUACCUUAACAUUGAUAAUUGUAAUUUACAUAGUGAAUAAAAUAAAAUAAAUUAUUUCUAUUAAACUUAUAGUAUACAUGUUAAAUAAAUUAGAAAGUUGAGUUAAUGUAAAUUAAAUAGUAUAGUAUGGUCCUUACAAAUUGCCAUUUUGGAUACGUGCCUGCGGAGGCGUUUGAGGUGGGUCAAUCAAUGAAUCAAGGAUGCUGAUUGAAUUGUUACGUUCAAUUUGAUUUUAAUUAAUAAUCUUCCUUUUUUUGUGUAACAUGUUUUUAAUGAUUAAAUUAAUAUUUUACUUGUGUGUUUUUUUAAUAUUAUAAUUUAAUUUUAUUAGUGUUUAAUAAGUUAAUUUUCAGUAAAUCUCUCGAAAUAUUAUACUUCUGACGUGGAUUAAAAAGCUUCGAUAAAAAUUAUUGAUAUUUUUUUUACAAUUUUUCAGAUCUGCAAAUUGAUAGUUGAUCAAAAUAAAGUGCAUAGACAUACAAAAGAACGUGUGCCCUCUUACUUUAAUGAUGGCCUGUGGUUGGGCUUUGAUGACAGGAUUA